ACGAGAGGCAGCGAAGUGGCGAUGAUGAUGAUGAUGAUGGAGGAGGACUCGCACCCGGCGGAUGAAGGGCUGUGCGUCCCCGCGAUGAGCCCGCAGCGGAGCGCGCACGGCGUCCUCAGCGCGCCCCCCAGCAAGCGGCCCGCGGGGAGAACCAGGUUCGACAGACAGAGACCCACCAUGGUGGAGAUCCCGCUGCUGGGGGGCGGCGGCGGCGGCGGCGGCGGCUGCGGCGCACAGCGUCCUCCCGCGAGCCGCCACCAGCAGCAUCAGCAUCCUCAGCAUCCUCAGCAUCCUCGGCACCCACAGCACCCUGAGCACCCCCAGCCCCAGCAGCCCGGCUCCUCCGCCAUCAGCAGCACGGAGCACCACCUGCCGCAGCCGCUGCCCUCCGAGGACGAGUCCAACUACCGAGCGGCCACCUCCUCCUCCACGUCGUCGAGAGCGAGCGGCGUGACCGCGCACCGCGCCCCCGGCUACCGGGCAACGCGCGCUACUCUGUGCCAGCAGAGCCCGGAGAGCGGCCAGGGGCUGAGCGCAGAGCACCGGCUCAUCCUCGAUGCUUUUGCUCAGCAGUGCAGUCGGGUCAUCAGUCUCCUCAAUAGCAACGGGCAGCUCCUGGACCCCCAGCUUCGCCCUCCAUCAGGACUGGUGUCCCACAUCAAGCAGGAGGAGGGAAGCCACAUCCUGGGGGGGCGAUUAGCAGUCCUUGGCAAGCCAGACAUGGCCAGAUCUGGAGAUCAAGAAAUGUUGGAGGGGGGACUGGAGGCGGAGCAUCCUCGCAGUCAAUGGAGGCAACAGCAGACGUCGGCUUUCUUGCAUGCAUUCACCGAGUCGCUGCACGGCUACCUGAUGACUGGCUCCCGUCCCUCCUCGGGCCCCGGUGGCAGCUAUUGCCAUCCCGCCGAUGCAGGUCCCCUCUCUGCCUCCCCAGCCCACACACUUGGUGGCUGGACCUCACCCACAACUUCCGAGUCCCACGGACAUCCCUCCUCUACUCUGCCUGAGGAAGAAGAGGAGGACGAAGGCUGCUGCCCCCGCUGCCUGGAGCUUGAGCAGGAGGUGCUGUGUCUGCAGCAGGAAAACGAGGAGCUGCGGUGCAAGCUGGACAGCAUUCCAGUACCCUGUCAGAACGUCUUGGACUUCUUCAAGAUGGUCCUGCAGCACCACAACCAGUUUGCUCAGCCAGCCCUGGAGGAGCAGUUGACCGAGGGCAGCAAGCAGCUCCUGGGAAGCUACCCGGUGUUCAUCACCAACAAGCAGUGGGACGAGGCGGUCAACUCCUCCAAGAAGGAUGGCCGGCGGCUUCUGCGCUACCUCAUUCGCUUCGUCUUCACCACGGAUGAACUGAAAUACUCGUGCGGCCUGGGCAAGCGCAAGCGCUCUGUGCAGGCAGGCGAGACUGGACCCGAGAGGCGACCGCUCAACCCCAUCAAGGUCACCUGCCUCAGAGAGUUCAUCCGCAUGCACUGCGCCUCGAAUCCAGAUUGGUGGAUGCCGUCAGAGGAGCAGAUCAACAAGGUGUUCAGCGACGCGGUGGGACAUGCACGUCAGGGCCGGGCAGUGGGCACCUUCCUGGGCAGCGGUACCUCCAGCGGGGGCCUCUACGCUGAGGCCUUUGACAAUCACCUGUCCCAAGAUGGCACAGGUGAUUGA